GGGGUCCCGUCCGCCCCACCCACCCGAGAGGUCCCGAUCGACCUCUCAGGUCUGCGGGGUCUGAGAGGUGGGACACCAGGGGCGCAAGUUGGAGGGUCAGGUUUCGAGAAUGAGGAGGAAAAUAUUUAUACGUUCGGCCUUGCCACUAGGUACAGCCUCCCUGCCUUGAGGUGGGAGCCCACCAGGAUGAACAAACUGUCCAGGGAGCUGGCCCCAGACUUGGAGCGCAGCCUGCCGGCGGUGGCCUCUCUGGGUUCCUCGCUGUCCCACAGCCAGAGCCUCGCUUCGCACUUCCUGCCACCACCUCCUGAGAAGCGUCAGGCCAUCUCAGAUGUCCGCCGCACCUUCUGUCUCUUCGUCACCUUCGACCUGCUCUUCAUCUCCCUGCUCUGGAUCAUCGAGUUGAAUACCAACACAGGCAUCCGGAAGAACCUGGAGCAGGAGAUCGUCCACUACAACUUUAAAUCCUCCUUCUUUGACAUCUUUGUCCUGGCCUUCUUCCGCUUCUCGGGACUGCUCCUGGGCUAUGCCGUGCUGAGGCUUCGGCACUGGUGGGUGAUUGCGGUCACCACGCUGGUGUCCAGUGCAUUCCUCAUUGUCAAGGUCAUCCUCUCGGAGCUGCUCAGCAAAGGGGCCUUUGGCUACUUGCUUCCCAUCGUCUCCUUUGUCCUCGCCUGGUUGGAGACCUGGUUCCUUGACUUCAAAGUCCUACCCCAGGAGGCUGAGGAGGAGCGAUGGUAUCUUGCUGCCCAGGCUGCUGUUGCCCGAGGACCCCUCCUCUUCUCCGGUGCUCUGUCUGAAGGCCAGUUCUAUUCACCUCCGGAGUCCUUUGCCGGGUCUGAUAAUGAGUCAGAUGAAGAAGUUGGGAAGAAGAGCAUCUCUGCCCAGGAGCGGGAAUACAUCCGCCAGGGGAAAGAGGCCAUGGCAGUGGUGGACCAGAUCCUCGCCCAGGAGGAGAACUGGAAGUUUGAGAAGAAUAAUGAAUAUGGGGACACUGUGUACACCAUUGAGGUUCCUUUUCAUGGAAAGACCUUCAUCAUGAAGACCUUCCUGCCGUGCACCGCAGAGCUGGUCUACCAGGAGGUGAUCUUGCAGCCCGAGAGGAUGGUGCUCUGGAACAAGACAGUGACUGCCUGCCAGAUCCUGCAGCGGGUAGAAGACAACACCCUCGUCUCCUACGAUGUGUCUGCAGGGGCUGCUGGCGGUGUGGUCUCCCCCAGGGACUUCGUGAAUGUCCGACGCAUCGAGCGGCGCAGGGACCGAUAUCUGUCAUCGGGCAUCGCCACCACCCACUGUGCCAAGCCCCCGACACACAAAUACGUCAGAAGUCCCUCAGAGGAAAGAGAGUCAGGAUCUUCUCCUGUCGCCAUCACAGGCUCUAGUACUGCGAGUGACUUCUUCCCAGUUGCCCCACGCUCUCCUCUUCCAUAGGAUUCUGUAGAGACCACUAUUGAAUAUGAGGCUGGGGGCAGGGUGCAGGCGGUAGCGCAGCAGGUUGAGCACAUGUGCAAGGACGGGCAUAAAGAUCCCGGUUUGAGCCCCUGGCUCCCCACCUGCAGGGGAAUCGAGUCACGGGUAGUGAAACAGGUCUGCAGGUGUCUCUCUCUCUCCCCCUCUCUGUCCUCCCCUCCUCUGUCAAUUUCUCUCUGUCCUGUCCAACAACAGCAGUGGCAACAAAAUGGGGAAAAAAUGACCUCCUGGAGCAGUGGAUUCGUAGUGCAGGCACUGAGUCCCAGCAAUAACCCUGGGGGCAGAAAACAAACAAAAGAACAAAAAGAAUAUGAGGCCGGGGCUCUGAGCUUGGCAUCACCACAGACCAUUUCCUCUCUGAGUGCCAACUUCCUCAUCCUGGAAGUGGGUUUAGGAGGGCUCACUUAGGAGAAGAGGCAUGGGCAAAGUAAAUGGCCAAGCCAUGUGAACAUAACAGCCCAGGGCUGCCUCCUGUGAGGGUUCCCCCUUCUGGAUCCCACUGGUACUGCAGUGCUCCUGAAGCUGGGCAGGAGUGAGAAGUCCAGCCCACCCCUUCACAGCCAGAGCUGACAUAGAAUCCCUGGCAGAGUGGCAGUGGGCAGAGGAGGAGCUCCCUGUUUGGGUGUUCUGGGGAUGUGUAAAUAUUGGCAGGCUAUUAUAAGAGUGUCCAAGUGUCACAGAGUUGGAUGGGGUGGAAGGUUGUAUCAUGUGGCCUCUGGGACCUGCUCAAGCAGAGCAGCAGGUCCUAGACCAGCUCUUCCCUUCACUCUUACGCAGUGUUAGAUAUUGAGCACAAGGUGUCUGUCUGGCUAGUGCACUGCCACUGAACCGCCUCCAACAGUUUUCUAUUUUUAGAGCAAUAGAGAGACCGAUACAAGGAGAGAGCAAAGCACUGCUCCACUAUCUCCCGUGGGGUACCGAGGAUUGAAUCCAGAGCCUCACACAUGCAAGUCAGGCACUCUGCUGCUGAGCCACCUCCCUGGCCCUCCCUUACUUCCUGUACCCAUGUCCCAGGCGGACUAAGAGUGGGAACCAGGGCACGGGAGCCUUGUCUGGCUCUGGAUUUACCCCUUCAAAUGGCUCCUCUGU